GACUCUGUUGUUUACGAGCACGACGGAGAUGAACGAAGACGCCAGAGCGUACCUCUACAAGCGAGACAUACCACAACUGUUUGAGAGCUUGAUGACGGGAUUGAUGUACAGCCGGCCUGACAAUCCAGUCAUGUACCUCCGGGACUGUCUCUCUAGAGUCAACGACCACAAUCUCGCUCACAACAUCAAUUGGAACUCGUUCCUUCCCGUUCCGUCCGAGCGGCCGUCGUUUUCUCGAUCGAGCGAGCCGCUUCCUCCGAUCCAGUCCGAGAAAAGUGAAACUGAAGUUGGUGGUGAUGAUGAUGGUGGUGGUGAUACGAGAGGUGGGGAGACUGUUGGGUCUGGUGUCGGUGGUGGGCUGAAUUCGAGUGUGCCGUUGCCGCCGAUUGGAGGGUCAUCUGUGGGGAAGGAAUCGGAGAGGGAAGAGGUAGAGGUUGGGGGUGAAAGUGAAAAGAAUGGUGCACGAGUUGUGUUCGUUCUUGGUGGUCCGGGCUCUGGGAAAGGAACUCAGUGUGAACGAAUCGUCGAGAAAUACGGCCUCACACAUCUUUCCGCCGGCGAUUUACUACGAGCUGAAGUAGCAAGCGGCUCUGAGAAAGGCAAGCAACUGGAAGAAAUCAUGAAGGAAGGCAAACUCGUUCCAUUGGAGGUGACGCUCGGUCUGCUAGAGACCGCGAUGCAAUCGGCCGGAGACGUCCCCGGGUUUCUAAUCGACGGAUUUCCACGAGAGAUCAAUCAAGGCGUCGAGUUCGAGCAACGAAUGUCGACGUGUCCGAUCGCUCUCGUCCUCUCGUACGAAUGCACCGAGGACGUCAUGACGCAACGUCUACUGGAGAGAGGAAGAACGAGCGGACGUGCCGACGACAACAAGGAAACAAUCAAGAAACGAUUCGACACGUUCAGAGACAGCACAAUGCCAGUUCUCGAACAUUAUCGCGAGCAGGGAAAACUCAAAACGGUUAAUGCAGAUCGUGCAAUAGACGAGGUGUUUUUGUCUACGUGUGAGGUCAUGGAGGCUGCAGGGUUUGAGGCAUCGAAGGCGGCCGCACUGUUGGUGUCGAAAGAACCGUUACCACCGAUUGGGAAAUCGGGUAGUGAAGACGACGUGGAGACUCGAGACAAACAGACGGUGGAUGCUAAAGAAAUAGUGAAUGCUGCACUGAAGGAUUCGAGAGUCGUGUUUGUUCUUGGUGGUCCAGGUUCAGGAAAGGGAACACAAUGUGAGCGUGUUGUAGAGCGAUACAAUCUCACUCACUUAUCAGCCGGCGAUCUCCUACGAGCCGAAGUGGCAAGCGGCUCAAAGACGGGAAAACAACUAGAAGAAACGAUGAAAGAGGGCAAACUCGUGCCUCUUGAGGUGACUCUCAGUCUAUUAGAAUCAGCCAUGACGAAGGCUGGUAACAGUCCCGGCUUUCUUAUCGAUGGCUUUCCUCGUACGCUCAACCAGGGAUGUGUAUUUGAGAAGCACAUUACAGCGUGUGGUCUCGUGUUGUCGUACGAAUGUUCGGAAGAGGUGAUGACACGACGGCUACUGGAGAGAGCGAAAACGAGUGGGAGAUCGGACGACAACGAGGAGACGAUCAAGAAGAGAUUUCAUACUUUCAAAGAGAGCACAAUCCCUGUACUGGAGUAUUACAGUGAACAAGGCAAACUGAAGAAGAUUGAUUCUGAUAGAAGUAUUAGUGACGUCUUUCAAGACACCUGCACUGCACUUGAAGCCAACGGUUUUCAACCAGUUACAAUGCAUUCGUUGAAAGACUCCAAAGUUGUCUUUGUAUUGGGGGGUCCAGGCUCAGGAAAGGGCACUCAGUGCGAGCGUAUCGUAGAGAGAUACAGAGUCACUCACUUUUCCGCCGGCGAUCUGCUACGAGCCGAAGUGGCCAGCGGCUCAGAGAAAGGAAAAGAAUUAGAAGAAACAAUGAAGGAGGGCAAACUCGUGCCUCUGGAAGUGACACUGGGACUCAUAGAAGACGCAAUGAAAAGAAGCGGGGAUUCUCCUGGUUUUCUUAUUGAUGGAUUUCCACGCGAGAUCAACCAGGGACUCGAGUUCGAGAGGCUAAUCACGCCGUGUUGUGUGGUGCUGUCGUACGAAUGCUCAGAGGAGGUGAUGAUGCAGCGGCUGUUGGAGAGAGGGAAGACGAGUGGGAGAGCUGACGACAAUGAGGAGACGAUUAAGAAGAGAUUUCAUACGUUUAAAGAAAGCACGAUGCCCGUGUUGGAGUACUAUGAUAAGGAGGGAAAACUUAGAAAGAUUGAUGCCGAUCAAAGUAUCGACGAGGUCUUUCACAACACGUGUGCUGUCCUUGACGUCACCACAUUCCAACCAGUCGUCGAACAUCCACUCAAACAUGCAAAAGUCGUCUUCGUAUUGGGAGGUCCUGGAUCGGGCAAGGGAACGCAAUGUGAACGUAUCGUAGAGAGAUAUUGUUUCACUCAUUUUUCUGCCGGUGAUCUCUUACGAGCCGAAGUCGCCAGCGGUUCAGAAAAGGGAAAGGAAUUAGAAGAAACGAUGAAGGAGGGCAAACUUGUUCCAAUUGAGGUGACUCUCAGUCUUCUUGAAGAUGCCAUGAUGAAGACUGUAGCUUCUCCCGGCUUUCUUAUCGACGGCUUUCCUCGAGAAAUCAAUCAGGCUCUUGAAUUCGAGAAGAAAAUCACAUUAUGCCAUCUUGUAUUGUCAUACGAAUGUUCAGAGGACGUCAUGACACAGCGGCUGUUGGAGAGAGGAAAGACAAGCGGGAGAGCAGACGACAACGAGGAGACGAUCAAGAAGAGAUUCGACACAUUCAAUGAGAGUACACUGCCUGUGUUGGACUACUAUGGCUCGACUGAACAAGGAAAACUGAGAAAGAUUGAUGCCAAUCGUGCUGUUGAGGAGGUAUUUGAAGAGACGUGUUGUGUACUGGAAGAUGCCGGGUUUCUGGCUCAGGCUGCGAAGAAAAUGAAGGAUGCUAAAGUGAUCUUUGUAUUAGGUGGACCUGGAUCUGGUAAGGGGACACAGUGCGAACGAAUCGUUGAACGAUACGGCCUUUCACACUUCUCUGCUGGUGAUCUGCUGAGAGCGGAGGUGGCCAGUGGAUCAGAAAAAGGCAAACAACUGGAAGAAACAAUGAAAGAGGGAAAACUCGUUCCUCUGGAGGUCACACUCGGUCUAAUCGAGGCAGCAAUGAUCAAAGUGUGUGAGAGUCCCGGAUUUCUUAUUGACGGGUUUCCUCGUGACGUCAAUCAGGGCAUUGAAUUCGAACGAACGAUUGCGUCGUCACACUUGGUUCUAUGCUACGAAUGCUCCAAAGAGGUGAUGAUGCAGCGACUGCUAGAGAGAGGCAAGACGAGCGGGAGAUCAGACGACAACGAGGAAACAAUCAAGAAACGAUUCACAACAUUCCAAGACAGUACGAUACCGGUCUUGGACUUCUACAGUGAAAAGGGAACACUGAAGAAGAUUGAUGCCGACCGAGAGAUCACCGAGGUUUUUACCGAAACGUGUGUCAUUCUGGACGAGGCAGGAUUUACUCCACGAUCACCAUGAUCAUCAAUUCAACAGCCAACAAACAAAUUUGUGUACAUAGACGGAAAUUGAACUGACAGGCUGUUGCAGUCAAUAAAUUGUUACUCCCUGUAUUUUGUAUACAUGUAUGUACUCACAAUACGAAUUGCAUGGUCCCAAUGAUGUUGGACCUACUACGUAAGGAUGCUGCAAUAGAUUACCAUAUCGAUGCAUACGAAAGCAUCAAGGCAAUCACGUGACUAUAAUAACUAGAG